AAGAACAGUCAUGACAAGUGAAGAGGGAACCAGCGGUAGACCGAUGGAACGGUUUCGGUUUACUGACGAACGUCACCUUAUGCUCGUGGAGGCUUUCAGUCGCGAACCUUAUUUGUGGAGCCGCGGCUCUAGUCGCUAUGUUUGGGGUGCUCGCAGUGCUGCCUGCAAGCGAAUUCAAAAUAUUAUGAACGGCACAUUGCAGCGUAAUGAGACUCCUGUUAGUUUAGAGGGUGUUAAGAUGAAGAUCGGGAACUUGCGUACUGUAUAUCGUCGGGAGCUGAGGAAGAUUAAAGAGAAUCCUUCUUAUUAUCCCAACAGUUGUUGGUUUGAGCCAUUGAACAAAAUCUUAGCACCUUUACUUGAUAAGAAUUCUGAUGAUGACGAAAUGAUGGUUUCCACCAAUCCAUUUCGGGAAGAGAAAGCUGAUGAGCACCAGCAGUUGAUUUCUCCCAUACCAUUAAAACGACUUCAGAGAGCUGAUGAUAACGAUCAGUUGAUUUCCCCGUCAUCCCAAAAACAGACUAAAGCUGACGUUUCAGAAACAUUUAUGGAAGAGACAGAUGAUGAUGACGUUCAGUUGAUUUCACCUGUAGAUCCAACUCAAUUUAUGGUUGAAAUACCGGCAACAUAUGUAGAAGAGAAUGGUGAUGACAAUGAAGAGUUAAUUUCUCCCAAAUCCCAAAAACGACUUCAGGUUAAAGUACCCCGAUUAAAGUGGAUUAGGGUGAUGCCGAGCGAAGUCGAGGAAAGUACUGAAAUCAAGAUCGAGCAUGAUGCUGAUGUUGAUCAACCGGAGCCUUCUACUUCAACUUCUCCACAACUGUCUGUGAUAACGUCUCCGCCACGAUCUCCUUCUUCAAGCCUACCUAAAAUUGUGUACGCCUCUUCGCUGCAAACAGCUUUGCGAAACAGAUAUGAGGAUGAGUUUACGUUUUUCGGAAUGAGUGUUGCGGCCCAAUUGCGCAAAAUGCCUCUAUCGAGUGCAAUGAUCAUGCAAUCAAAAAUUCAGCAUAUGAUAUCAAUGGAACGACGGAAGAUUAAUGGCGACACAAGCGAAGUGAAUUUAUUUUUUCAAACGGAAUUACAAGGUAUAUUUUAAAUUGUAAAUUGUCAUAAGAUUCCUUAUAUGUUAUUACUUUUCAAUGUUUAAGCAAGUAGCCUUGUGGAAAUUAGGUGUGAAAUUAGGUUAUUAUGACAAUAAUAGGUAUUAAUGUAUCUGGAAAUAGUUUGUUAUUUUGUUGUAAAUCGGUACCCCUAGUUCAAAAAUUGAUCAAAACUAACCGAACCAAUUAAAAAUAAUAAAUUAUCACUUUUA